CUGGCCUCAUGGAUGUUCAACAACAAACGAACAUCACAAACUGCUGACCAUUGAGUUACCAGCCUCUCUCUCUCUCUCUCUCUCUCUCCUGAUUCACUCCAUCGUCGGAGCCCGUUACAUCUAGAAUUCAUGAUAUAUAAUCACAAUUGCCACCUUAUCUAUAUAUCUACAUAAUUCUGCAUCUCUUCGUCUCAGCCACCAAGUGACUGCGAGCGGUAUCGGCAGCCAUGGCCGCCCACACCAUUCUCGCAGCUUCUCCUUCUCAAUCUCUCCUUCCUUCCUUCUCAAACCCUAGCCCUCCAUUCCAGUCUUCCUUCGUCGGGCUAUCCGUCAAGUUCCCUCGCCAAUCCUUAAACCUCGCCGUGGCUUCCAAGCCCCUCACCAUUGUCGCCGCGACGAAGAAGGCCGUCGCAGUCCUCAAAGGAAAUUCCCAAGCCGAAGGCGUCGUCAUAUUGACCCAAGAAGACGACGGUCCGACGACUGUGAAUGUUCGUGUCACCGGACUUACUCCUGGACCUCAUGGGUUCCACCUCCACGAGUAUGGCGACACGACAAAUGGGUGUAUAUCCACAGGGGCACAUUUCAACCCAAAUAACAUGACACAUGGUGCUCCUGAGGAUGAAGUCCGUCAUGCGGGUGACCUGGGAAACAUAGUUGCUAAUGCUGAUGGAGUGGCAGAGGCAAUAAUUGUGGAUAGCCAGAUACCACUGACUGGACCUAAUUCCGUUGUUGGAAGAGCAUUUGUGGUUCAUGAAUUGGAGGAUGACCUUGGAAAGGGUGGGCAUGAACUUAGCCUUACAACUGGCAAUGCAGGUGGAAGGUUGGCAUGUGGUGUCGUUGGCUUGACUCCAGUAUAACGAGACUAAUGUGCACAUGUGACUUCUGGCCUUAUACUUCCUUCCCCACAUGUUCUUAGAAAGCCACAAGGUCUUAGGAUUUGGGAAGGACAUGUUUGUAGUUUCUUACUCCCCUAUAAAUUUGUGGAUAAGUACCUUAUGAAUGUUGAUGACCUUUAACUUUUUGGAUUGUGGAUUCAUUGCCUUGAUUAGAUCCUUAACGGUACGUCACUGAUAAGUGGUGUGCUAUGAUUAAUAAACCUCAUUUCUUUGGAAGCCGGAGCUUCAGUCCUA